GUAGUAUGCACAUUUCACACUACAAUCACACUUCUACAUUGUUUACAAAAAUAAUCUUUAUAUAAAUCCCAUUGAAAAUGUCUUCUUCUACUACAAUUUGCAUUCCAAGCCUCACUGAUCAUUCCUCUUCUGUUCUUAGUUUCAAUAUCUUUAUAUGUCUCAUUCUUUUUGUAUCCAUCUUUGCAUUUGUUCUUGCGCCCGGCGGGCUAGCAUGGGCUCUUUCAAAGCCCCGCCCAAAAACGGCGAUCCCUGGGCCACCAGGGAUCCCGUUUCUUGGGCUUGUUUUCGCUUUCACUUCCUCUUUAACACAUAGAACCUUAGCAAAACUUGCUGUUGCUUGUAAUGCAAAACCACUUAUGGCUUUCUCUGUUGGUUUAACUCGUUUCGUUAUCGCGAGUAACCCCGAAACCGCUAAAGAAAUAUUAAACAGUACGGCUUUUGCUGACCGCCCUGUUAAAGAAUCUGCUUAUGAACUAUUGUUUCACCGGGCUAUGGGUUUUGCGCCUUAUGGUGAUUAUUGGCGUACCCUUAGAAGAAUCUCAGCUACACAUUUAUUUAGCCCAAAAAGAGUGUCUGGAUUUGGUGCUUUUAGACAAAACAUUGGGCUUCAAAUGGUGGCCCAAAUUUGUACCUCUAUGGAACAAAAUGGUGUUGUGGAAGUUAAAAAAUUGCUUCAUUUUGCUUCUUUAAACAAUGUCAUGAUGUCUGUGUUUGGAAGGUCUUAUGAUGAUUUUAGUCGUGAUGAAGGACUUGAGCUUGAGGAGCUUGUGAGUGAAGGAUAUGAACUUCUUGGAAUAUUUAAUUGGAGUGACCAUUUUCCAGUUGUUAGUUGGUUUGAUUUCCAAGGAGUUAGGAGGAGGUGCCGAGAUUUAGUGUCAAAGGUUAAUGUUUUUGUUGCCGAUAUUAUCAAACAACACCGUGAUAAGAGAUCUUUUGGUGGUGGAGCUACGACGGUUUCUGAUGGUGAUUUUGUUGAUGUUUUGCUUGAUUUGGAAGCCGAAAAUAAGUUUGCUGAUGCUGACAUGAUUGCUGUUCUUUGGGAAAUGAUAUUUAGAGGUACGGACACUGUUGCAAUCUUGUUGGAGUGGAUCCUUGCACGAAUGGUGUUACACCCGGACAUUCAAGCCAAGGCACAAGCCGAAAUCGAACGUGUGGUUGGUCGACACCGGGCUGUUAAUGAUUCGGACCUUGAUAACCUUCCUUACCUACAAUCAAUUGUGAAAGAAACUUUACGGGUUCACCCACCGGGUCCACUCUUGUCUUGGGCUCGUCUUGCGAUCCAUGACACUCAAGUGGGUCCGCAUGUGGUUCCAGCCGGAACCACUGCUAUGGUGAACAUGUGGUCCAUAACACAUGAUGAGCGUGUUUGGUCCGAGCCUGAGGUCUUCAACCCUGAAAGGUUUUUGAAGGAGGAUGUUGCGAUAAUGGGUUCGGACUUGAGGUUGGCUCCUUUUGGUGCUGGAAGGAGGGUGUGCCCGGGUAAGGCAAUGGGUUUAGCUACAGUUCAUUUGUGGUUGGCCCAGCUUUUGCAAAAUUUCAAAUGGGUUAAAGCUGGGCCGGUUGAUUUGUCCGAGUGUUUGAAGUUGUCUUUGGAGAUGAAGAAUCCAUUGGCGUGCAUGGCUGUUGCAAGAGCAUGAUGGGGAGCUAAUAAUUUUUCAAGAAAAUAACUAUUAUUACUAUUAUUAUUAUAUUAGUUGGUAGUAAUGGGUUAGUUUGAGGUAGUUUUAUUUUUAAUGACAUUUUGCUAGCACUUAUGAAUGUAUGGCUGUAUGCUCCCGAAUGUUCUAUGGUGUUUAUAACAAAUAUGUCCUUUUAAUUUCAA